AUGGGUUACCCUAAUGAAACAUAAACACUUUCGUUCAAAAAACAAUGAUGUUAGAUAAUAAACUAUGUUGUUCAUAUUAAACAAGCUCGAGUCAAACAAACACGUAUGCUAAAUCCAAAGGAACCUUCUUCUCCACGUAGAAAGCAGACAAUCCUACCUGUGCGUCACUGAAUAAAUCUUUGUUUCUCUCAGUGUGCGUCCGUUAUAGCGGAGAUAAUAGGUUCGAAGGGUCGAUUUCGAGCGGAAUCUACGCGAGAACUCGAGCAAUUUACGGUAUAUCAGCCGUACGAUCUGAUCGGAAUUCGCGACGGUUUCAGUCAACCGAAUCGGGGGAUGUCCGAGCUACGGAGCGUCACGCCGACGACGGUGAACCCGGAGGAGGAUAGUCCGGGCGCCGGCGUGGGCGCCGGCGCUAAGCGUCCCGCCGGCGCUAAGCGUCCCGCCGGCGCGAGCAUUCGUACCGGCACGACGAUCAUCAAGAGCGUCUCGAGAUUCCUAAGGGGUCGCAAAACGUCCGUGAACACGAAGCGACAGAUCUCCGCCGCGCCCGGCGGUAAGUGCUGCGAGCCGCGCAAGAGACGCCGCAGGAGGAUGCCGGAGGCCGGCGGCGCCAGGAACUCCGCGUACAUCGUCAAAAUAAUCGAGUCCCUGAAGAAGAAAACAAAGUUCUCCAGGGUGGAAUUGGAUAAUCUCUGCAAACUCUACACAAAACUGACCACCAAUUCCAGCCAACAACAAGUUGGCCGGUCGAUGUCGUCCGUCGGUAGAAGGUCGCAAUCGAGACCGGCGGUCGAGGGCAUCGACAGAGCGAUUUUUCGGGAGCUCCUCCACGAUACGUUCCACGUGAUCACGGAGGACAUUCUAGUGGAGCGUUUGUUCUGCUGUUGGGACCGCGAGAUCGAAGGGGCCAUCAGGCUCGAGCCGUGGAUCAUUGGUCUCGACGUGUUCUUACGGGGUAGCCUCCGCGACAGGAUCGACUUCUGCUUCCACGUGUAUGAUCUCAAUAACGACGGAUACAUCACGAAGGACGAGAUCUUUCAAUUGCUCAAAAACUGCCUGAUAAAGCAACCCGGCGAGGAGGAUCCAGAUGAAAGUGUUCGAGACUUAUCGGAAUUGGCCUUGAAGAAGCUCGACGUCGAUCACGACGGCAAGAUAUCUUUCCGGGAUUAUGAGACGGCGGUGAAGGGAGAGCCUUUACUGUUGGAAGCAUUCGGCCAAUGUCUGCCCACCGACGAGAACUGCGUGGUCUUUCUAGCGACUCUUCAACCUUGAAGAUAUCUGGCGAAGUUACGCGGGCCUUCAAGUAGAACUCUGUAACCUGGCGGAAACAAAAGAGUACACACAGAAAAGAAUCUAUUGCCUAUUUAACAGGCAUCGUGUGAUUCACCAUUUCGCGGCAAUGAUGGUGGCGGCUUGUAGUGGUGACUUUGGAACUAAUAAAAAUAACAGGUCUAAUAAUCAUAACGGGUCUAAACUACUCCGAGAAAAGGCAUUUAUUCAUGACUUGAAUCAUUUUUAGCCAGGAUUUAAACUCGUUUGGUUGAAAGUGUUUUCACUUAACACCGCCAAAUGGCAAUAAAGUUGUCCAUUGCCUCGUAAAAAUAAUGGGUCUAAUACACCUGAUUACGAUUGCCAGACCUGUUAUUUUUAUUAGUUCCUAAGUAUCCGUUACGAGCCGCCACCAUCCUCACUGAAGAUUGGAAAUCGUAGUAUAACUCUAAAACAAGUCAGACGUACUUCUGCUCUAUCAUGAAAAAUCUGUAAAAUUCAAUUGUUUAUAACUCCCGUAAAAAUAAUGAUAAUUGGAUGAUUCAGAAAAUAUUUUGUA